AUGGGCAUCAUCAAGCGAGUCUUCAGCGAUGCCCUGAUCAGAAAGUUCUACCAUCGCGAAGGGUCUUCAGCUUCCUCAGGAGAUUCCGAGUCAGAGGACAGCGACCAAAACGAGGUGAUGGCUGAAACCGGUCCCUGCGAGUCUUUGCUGCCUGUCCUUGAUGGGCAGACAGAUAUCAGGAGCUAUUUUCCUGCAAGCUGGCGAUGGCAGCUACCUGUGGAGGAUUUCACAGGUGAUGAGGAAGCAGCCGAGGCUAUGGGGCUUCCUUUCGACAUGCAGGAAGACGACGAGGCUCUCAUGGGCUCCAGUGGGUCAAUGGCUGAGGCUGCACUGGACAUCAUGAUGAAGGACAUGGGCGACAUCAGCAAGUCCGUAGAAGAAGAUGAAGACGCAGCCACAGCUAUGGGACUUCCUUUCCACAUGUGGGAAGAUGACGAGGGAGUCAGCUCCACACAUGUGCUUGCAGCGGAGGUAGAACUCGCACAGGAUGACAUUGCAGAGUCCAUGGCGGCAGAUGAAGAAGCAGCCCACGCCAUGGGGCUUCCAUUUCACAUGGAUCCCCCGCCCCUGGGAGAGCUGGUCCCACUGAAGGGCUGUGGUGCCAAGAAAGCUGAGACAGAGAGUCUCAAGGGCAACUUCGGAACCCCCACCCGCCGUCGGCCCAGGCAGGCGCUGGAAGAAACCCCAUGCAAAAAGCCUCGAGUCCUCUCUGAGGUUGUGGUGGCAACAACAAAGCUUGCAGAUAGCGACAUCAAGACGCACGAGAACACCUACAGCAUUGAGAGCUCUGUGCAAAGCACAGUUCGCUGA